AUGAACUUCAAUGUGGAGGAGUACAAGCGAAAGGAGCCCUUGAACUGGGCCAGUGGUCGCUGGUACGACGUGCGAGGGAGCUUAAAAUUGCCCAAGGCAAUCUGCGAGAAGAAGAAGACAGCAGGUGUUUGUGAUACUGGAUGGUCAGCCCGUGAGAACUCCUGCUACCUGAAGCUCACCUGGCACUAUGACUUCGAGACCGCCAUGUUGCGCUGCGAGGACAUGGGUGCUGACCUGGUGAGCAUCGGCACACUGAAAGAGCAGAUCUUUGUUCAGCAUCUUUGUGGACAGCAGAUGUGUUGGUUGGGGCUCCUGGAGCAUCCGCAGUCGGAAUACUGGUUCUGGAUCGAUGGCACGCCGAUGGCCUACCAAAACUGGCAAACGGGAGAACCCAACAACGGCAAGGGCGACGAGAACCGCGCGGUCAUGAACAUGUCGCCGGAUGGCAUGAGGGUGUGUGAGGGUGUGGGAAUAGAGAGGGCUCCCAUAUCGACCCAAAGAACGAGGAAGAUAGACCAAGGGAUCCAUUGGUCGGGGCAUCCCCGCAUUUUUUCCGACCCGCACACACAAGUGACGUCCAGCAGGUGCAGAGUACAUUGUACAUCUUGUCAAUGGAUGACAAUGAUACCGUUGAAUUGGGUGCAAGUUUGCGCGACCAGGUCAUUACAGUUACUGUAUAUACUGAGUGCAUGUCAGUACUGGUGUUGA